AUGAGACGAACGCUGGAGGGUCUCCAAAACCCGGAUGUUCAAAUAGCCUGUGAAGAAACCCUUGUCGAUCUGGAGUAUGCAGACGACAUCGUUCUCAUGUUCGAAGAGGAGGAAAAGGCGCAAGUAUUCUUGGAUGAACUGACCAAAGUCAUCCCGUCCUUUGGUAUGCAUUUUGCACCCACAAAGUGUAAGGUCAUGCUUGUGGACGUGCAGUCACUGAACACGCCCCUUACAAUCCAGGGAGAGGUACUGGAAGUUGUGGAGCGUUUUACGUACCUUGGAAGUUGUAUUAGUUCUGAUUGCAGUGUGACAGAUGAGGUGAAUGCACGAAUCUGCAAGGCUCGGGCCGCGUUUGCUAACUUGAGACACCUAUGGCGUCAGAAUGGUUUAUCCCUGAAUCUGAAGGGACGUGUGUAUCAAGCUACAGUACGGGCUGUUUUGUUGUAUGGCUGUGAGACUUGGCCUAUUCGAGCAGCGGACCUGAGACGUCUUCAGGUGUUCGACAAUCGUUGUCUCAGAACCAUAGCUCGUGUGAAUUGGUGUCGGCGUAUCCGUAAUGAGGCAGUUAAAAAGCGCGUUUUCGCUUAUGUAACGGAAGCUGCGUUGGUUGGGACAUGUGUUACGUAUGCCGAACCAUCUUUUAUCGAAAUGUGUUUGACCUUCACAUUCUCCUUUAUUCCUCGUUCAUUUAGUUCUAUGGCUAGCGACAGUCGGUCGCUGACGCUCAGAGUGCAUUUACCUGAAAAACGGCUCACGAAGAUGUUGGCUUUCGACGCGCAAAUGACCGUGGCUAAAGCUUGUGAACAUAUACGGAAUCAGUUGCGUGAAUUCGAACUCACAGGAAGCGCCAAAGAUCACGGGCUUUUCUUGCCCCAUGAGGAUAACAAGAAGGGUCUGUGGCUGGAUAACUCACGAACACUGGAGCACUAUAUUCUGAGAAAUGGAGACACGGUUCAGUACCGCUAUCGAAAUCGCUGGCUGUACAUUCGAACGAUGGCCGGAGUGCAGAAAAAGUUGUUAGUUGAUGAUAGCCAAACAGUGGCCGAACUGAUGCGCAAAAUAUGCUCGUCCAUGGGCCGUCCGAACCUAGAUAAGAGCAGUCGAAAUGCCAAGGUCCCGUUCGAACUACAGGCCUUGCGAUCUCCUACUUUGUCAACCGAACUUCCACCUACUCUUUUGUCCCGCUGUUUUUCCUUACAUCUCACAGGGAUCUAUAAUCAUGAUGAGUACUCACUAGUUCGUGAGCGGGACGAAACUGAUCGAAGCCAAACUCUACGCAAAGGGACCACUGGGGCUGGAACCCUUGGUCGUGAUCAGGACAAAAUGGAGAAACUGAAGAGAAAACUUCAUACGGAUGAUGACAUGGACUGGUUGAACCCAUCUCAAAGUCUUCGGCAGCAGGGAAUAGAGGAGAACGAAGUCUUGCUGCUCAAGCGGCGCUAUUUCUUCUCCGAUAUGAAUGUGGAUGCUCGUGAUCCGAUCCAGCUGAAUUUGCUAUAUCUGCAGCUGAAAGAUGCAAUUCUCAAAGGCACACAUCCUGUCUCACAAGAAGAGGCUAUCUAUCUCGCAGCUCUCCAGUGCCAGAUUCAACUCGGUGAUUGCAACCCAGAGAAGUUCCGAGCCAAUUUCCUCGAAUCAUAUGAUGGUUUGUCUUUCAUCUCUUCCCGUGCACGUCUCAGUUUGAAAGAUCUACUGCCCAAAGAAUAUGCGAAGAUCCGCAGUUUGGAGAAGAAAAUUCUGCAACAACACGCCGAGUUCACGGGGCUUUCGGAUAUUGAAGCCAAGGUCAAGUACUGCCAGUUUUGUCGGUCCCUAAAAACCUACGGAAUAACAUUCUUUUUGGUGAAGGAACGUAUCAAAGGCAAAAACAAAUUGAUACCCCGUCUGCUUGGGGUCACCAAGGACAGUGUGAUUCGGUUGGACGAGAAAACGAAGGAGGUUUUGAAGAUUUGGCCAUUGACUUCAAUUUCGCGCUGGGCGGCCUCUCUCCACGCAUUCACCAUGGAUUUUGGCGAGUAUUCUCCGGACGACUGUUACACGGCUCAGACGUCAGAGGGAGAGCAGAUCUCACAACUUAUUGCUGGCUAUGUGGAUAUAAUCACAAAGAAGCAAAAGGCAAAGGACUACCCAGGCCUACAAGGUGACGAGGAAUCUGCCAUGUAUGAGGAGAACGUUCGGGCAGAAAAGGCGACCAUUGUGCAGCACCAACGCUUACCACCACCGCGUCGUGUUGGGCUCAAAGACGGUUUUGUUAACGGUGCACUGGAGGAAACAGUUCAGCCCAAGAUGGACGAUUCAAUCCAGAUGGCCACUGGGUACAUGCAAACCAACGGCUGGUCUCAUCAGAAUUUGCAUACCGAUCGAACCGAUCUUGUCGACGGUCAAUGGGUUGAACGUCCCAUGUCUCCGGACAACUUUAUGAUGGGUGGUAGUCAUACAUUUCACUACCAAGAAAUCACUCCUGCUCAGCGAGCCUUGUUGGUUACAAUCAACGAAGAUGUGGAAACGUUGCAGGCUGCGAAGGAACAAUUGUACCUGUCUCCAGACGAAGAUAGAAUUAUCGGCAUCGGGUCUGACGAGGCUUCGAAGCGCUGGUUAAGUGAAUCGAUUGGUGCCAGUCAAGCCAAAGUGACUGAUGAGGUAGGAGCGAUGAAUGCUGCCGUAGCCCAGGCUCUCCGUUCAGCCAACCGCGCAGAGGCGUACGACUCCACAGGAAUGAGUCAAGUCGGUCUUGGUGUCAGUCAAGACCCCGGAGAUGAUCUGAUGAUUAUGCAACAGUCAUUCCGUGUGGUCACCAUACACUUCCCCGCCUUUGUGGAUGAUGUAAAACGCGUAGCGGUUCUGCGUCGUGAAGUCGGAGCGAUUCGGGCGGAUCAGACUGGUGAGCCAGUCAUCGCCGCACAAUCUGAAGAGUCGUCACAGAACCUGCUGUCGGCCGCACGACACGUUGCAGAUGCGUUCACUGAUUUACUCGAGUCGGCACGGCCUCUGGCUACUGGCCAGCCUCGUGAGGAAGUGGUGACAGACGAGAGUACCAUGCGUUCUCAGGUGGUUACCACUGGCCCCGUGUCGAGCAGCUCACGAAAGGCUAUUAUUGACGCUGCCAGUCGGGUCGGGGAAGCAAGUAAUGAUCUUCUCCGUCAUGUCAUGCACGAGGGCGAUGGAGAAGAGGAUUUCGAAGCGAGCAGUUUGGUGCUAACAGAAGAAGAACGUCUAUACAAGGAUCAGUUGCUCAGUUUGGCAAAGGCUGUGGCCAAUACAACUGCCAGUUUGGUUGUGAAGGCGAAAAAUCUGGCUACACAGACAUCCCUGGACCCGGAAGCCCAGCAACAUGUGAUCGCAGCUGCCACUCAAACGGGUCUGUGCACCAGUCAGCUGGUCGCAUGCACAAAGGUUUUGGCACCAACAAUUUACCAACCGUCCUGUCAACAACAACUUUCGGAAGCCGCUCGAGAGGUAUCUUGGGCAGUGGAUGGUGUGGUGCAAGCUUCUCGAGCGGCUGGCGCACGGACGGCUGACCAACCAGUGCAGGUGCAGCAGCCUGUACGAGCAGCUGUUGCGGAAACAGAGAUGGCCGCAACCGAAGUUCGUGAUGCCUUGGACCAGCUAAACGCACACCUGUCCAAAGCGUCUGCCAAGACCUCAUCAGGCGACGCACUGGAUAACUUCCAACUUGCCUAUGACCAACUGCAACAGUACCAUACUCAUGAUGGACAGCGAAUGGUUGCUUCUGCUCGCCGCAUGGCCCAAGCCACUGCCCAAAUGAUUGCUGAUAUUAAGGCGCAGGCUGAACUUGCUGCAGACGACCCAGAUCGGCAAAGUCGAUUAUUUGCUGCAGCUAAGCAGCUGGCGGAUGCGACCACAAUAUUGAUUGCCUCAGCGAAGGUUUGUUCAACCAAUCCAGAGAACCCCGUGACUCAGGAAGAACUCCGCCAGGGUGCCGAGAGUCUUAACCUGAUAGUCCACUCAGCGGCAGCUGAUUUGUUACACAGACGUCUUAUCCGAAACUUACAGGCCGCUGCUCGAGCCGCUGUCACAGGUGCCACGCAAUUGGUCAAUGUUAGUCAGGUGGCGGCUAAACGAUCGAGAGGGAAUACCUAUCAGGUGAUCUCUGACGGAAAGCUGGUGAACGGUUUGAUUCCGAGAACGGUAAUAAGUAUCCGGGAGUCCCGAGCUUGUCCGGACGAUCCACUGACUCAAGUUGAACUGAUCAGUGCGUGUGAACGCUUUGUUCUGCCUUGCGAAUCCUUGGUCCGUUCAAGCCGGUCCGUAGCUCCCACUGUCUCUGACCCAACCACUCAAGCCGCUUUGGAUAACUCCACUUCGCAACUCUCGGGAGCGAUCGAGGUGCUUCGUACCUGUCUUGCGCGACUCACUCCUCUGACUAGACAAAUGCAGGUCGACGGUGCUUUGGCGCGUUUAGCUCGUUUGGCGGUAGAAGCAGCUGCCAUUGAGACCGGUUUGAAGCAAGGUACUUUGGCUCCGUUGCCGGAUGAAAAGAUCGAUGAUUGCUUCAAUCUUCUCGGCACAAGUGUUCAAGAUGCUAACGUAUCAACCCACGAGUUACACUCAAUCAUUGAAACAAUGCCUCAACAGCAACGUGAUGCGAUGAACCGUUCAGACGUUUGUGGUGUUCCAGCCAGUAUGUUGGCAACGGCAAUCGCUGGUCUGGUUCACGCGACCCGUGGUAUCGUGGCUCACGAUGGCUACGACGCUGUUGACGCUGGUCGUAGCGGGACGGUGGGGCCAUCGUCAGACUCCACUCGCCUAGCUGUGACUCAGGACACACGCCAGACGGUUCNAGCUGUGACUCAGGACACACGCCAGGCGGUUCAGCUAGCUUACGAACUCGUCAAAGCAGCCAGGGAUGCUCGGUUUGCGUAUGAUGAUGGUCAGAUGGAAGCUCUGGCGACUGUUGUGAGUCACAGCGAACAGCUGACUGUCCAACUACUUGAUACACUCGGUCGUUGUCUACGUGGAUUACCAGGUCAUCGAGAAAUCAACGAGGCAACCAACUUGAUAGAAAAGCGUCGUGAGGACCUAGUCCAGUUGUCCCAUGAGGCUCCUACCCGAAGAGUUCGAUGGGUUGAACCCUCCGUCUACGAACGAGCACAGUCUGAAUUGACCCGUGCGGCAGUUGAGUUCAAUCAGGCUACGGGCGAUUUAUUGUCAUCCUAUUCACCUGGGGCUUUCCGCCGCACCACGCGUCGCUUCACUGGUGCCUACGACACGCUGACUGUUAAGGGCGUCGAUUUAUGUAUGUCUGGUGUUCCUCCGAAUGAGGUCCCCCUUCCGGAACCGCCUCCCAUCAACCGAGACCUUGUUGAUGGUCUUGUUAAUGUUUCCGACCACAGUUAUGCCUUGAUGACUGAAGCUGGUCGUGUAUGUGCCCGGCCAGAUGAGCAGGAGAUUCGUGACCGCUUCCAAACAGCAGCAAGAGAUGUGACGGAAAGUAUCAGCCAACUGCUGACAAUUUGUACUUCGGGCGUUACUGCAGAGCAGCGUGACUGCGAAGUCGCAUUACGACGUCUCGAGGCGCUUCGACCGUUGCUAGAGAACCCGAAUCGUCCUGUUAAUCAAAAGACCUACUGUGAAUGCGUAGACGAAGUGGCCAGAAGCAUAACGCCUCUCGCUGACAGUCUGCGAAGCAUGUCAAACGCAGCGAAGGAGAAGCACACACAAGAGUUUGGUGCCGCCGUGCGCCAGUGUUCGAACUCCAUGUGUCAACUGGUCGAAGAAACUGCUCAAGCGGCCUAUCUGAUCGGUCUGGCAGAUCCUAGAUCUGAGCCCGGACGUCCUUCUUUGGUAGACCCUCAAUUAUUCAUGCGUUCUCAGAGGGAAAUUCAGCAAGUUUGUGAUGCCAUAUGUGAUCCAUCAAUUACCAAUCGUCAGAUAAUCACCCUAUCCACGGAGAUGGCUCGUAGUGCGAAAACUCUGUGUGAGGCCUGUAGUGCCGUCUCAGCACAGACAAACAACCCAGAUGCCCGCCAUCAGUUGAACGCACUUACCCGUGAAACAAUGCAAUCCAUCACUGCACUCAUUCAACGACGAGGGAACGUAUCGACCGCGGCCGCGGGCAGUCAACUCGCCGAGGUGAACGGAGAGUGGGAUGAAGCUAAUCGGCAAGUGACUUUGGCCAAUGCUCGGGGCGUUAGCUCGAAUGUGGCACGCUUAGUACAUAUGGUAACACAAGGCCCGCAAUUCAUCGGGCAGGCAGCGCGUGUGACAGAUGAAGCUAGAGAGCAUCUAAUUAUUGUUGUCUUCACCACCACCUUCCCACUUCCACAGGCUCAGCAGCCCGUUUGCUCGGCCGGUCUCUCCAGUUUGAAUGCAGCCCAAGCUGUGUUGAGAGCCGCACAGACGUUGAUUACCAAUGCACGCUUAGGACAACCAGAACAGGCAUUCUUAUCCUUUUCUACUGCCAGCAAAGAGCUGUCUGAGAGUAUCAAGGCGUUGGCUGCUGCUAUGAGGUUACAUCUAAUUAUUGUUGUCUUCACCACCACCUUCCCACUUCCACAGGCUCAGCAGCCCGUUUGCUCGGCCGGUCUCUCCAGUUUGAAUGCAGCCCAAGCUGUGUUGAGAGCCGCACAGACGUUGAUUACCAAUGCACGCUUAGGACAACCAGAACAGGCAUUCUUAUCCUUUUCUACUGCCAGCAAAGAGCUGUCUGAGAGUAUCAAGGCGUUGGCUGCUGCUAUGAGGUUAGGACAAGUGUACUUGGAAAAUUUAUUGUCCGAUUCCAUCUGCUUCGUUCUCAGGGAACACGCUCCAGGACAACUUGAGUGUCAGCGCGUACUACAAAACAUUAAUGGAUUGUUGCAAGAACUCCAGCGUGCCAAGAUGGCCAGCAUGGAAGGCCGUCUCCAGCCGCGUAGGGAAUUGAACGAAGAAGGAUUCCAGAAGUUUUCUAACUUUGGAAACAGCACCAUUCUGUUAUAUGGAUUUCCACACCUGUGUAAAGCCCGGUUAUUUACUGCCAUCUUCGAUAACCGGAGCCCACUCUUCACAGUGCUUGAAUACGUUCACGAACGAUGUCAUCUAAUGUUUAUUUCACCUCUAUUAAGCAACUGGCUACUUGUUGUCGAGCCCUCCUUGACGCUGCAAAGAGCGGCCCGUUCGGAAGCCGAACAACUGGGACACUCAGUCAGGGUCGUUGACUCAUACCUUCCGGGAAUUACAUCCAGUGCUAUUGCUGCCGCUUCCCGAUCACCCCUGUCCAGCACGCAGUUGGUCUAUUUGGAACAUGCCAGUACCAUCUUGGAAGCAGCUGAUCAGCUGGUUCGAGUUGCCAGGGAUGCUGGUGGAAACCCGAGGGCCACUCAUCUCCAUCCACAUUUGGAUGAGGCAGUUAGAGGUCUAAUGGAAUCUUGCGAAGACCUUUUGACUGCAUUGGAUGACGUGGCGUCACGACAAGGCCACGUGAGCACUCUGAUCGAUACGAUCAACCGCUCGUUGGCUCAGACUGAAGAAAUCAUCCAAGUCCCCGUUGAUGCUCGUUUCGCUGACUAUCAAGCUCGCCUACUGCGUAUUGCCCGGCACAUGGAACAGUUGACGCAAGCCAUUCAACUUCGUGCCCGACAGCCUCCGUCCGACGGGGAACUGGCACCUCUCGCUCACACGUUGGCGCAGGAGUAUCAAGAAAUGUGUCAGACCUGUAAAGGAGCUGCGGCCACUCUGCCCGACGCCAGACAGGCUGACGAACUCCGCGGUGCUGUCAGAGCUGUGGGAAUGGCGACAGCCGAACUGGUUCAGGCAACCACUGCCGCUCGGAUCCGAGCGUACGACUCACAUGGGGAUCAACAAAUGCUGUUGAGUCGUAAUCAAGGUAUUGCCUACUUGGACACACGGGCUGAAGCAUUGGAUUCCAAGCUACGUGACUUGAUCGCGUUGCUCGACACUCAAGGUCCCAACACCCAAGCUUGCCUGCAGUCGGCUAGCACAGUGAGUGGGAUAAUAGCUGACCUGGAUACGACAAUACUAUUUGCCAGUUCUGGUACACUGCAUGGUCCGGUCCACGACGAUGUAGAUGCAUUACUUGGGCCGGACGACUAUCAACCUCCGUAUGCACUUCCCGGGGCUGGAGAAGCUAUAGCAGACCGUGGCAGUCGAUUUGGUAACCGAGAAUAUCCCGAAGAAGGUUUUGGUACUGUCCGCGACAGUAUCGUACGCACAGCAAGAGCUCUUGUGGAUGAUACCCAGUCUCUGGUCAGUGGGACGGGCGAAGAUCAAACGCGACUGGCCACAACUGCUCACGUAGCUGUCGAGCGGGUCACUCAACUCGCUGACGUAGUCAAGCGCGGUGCGGCUGUCAUUGGUCCUGGACAGCCAGAUACACAACCUGCUUUUGCGUGCUCUCUUCCUCCGCCCACCCCCUUCCACUCGCUCCUCUGCGAUUCGGUCGCGACUGAUUCCCGGUCCUUUCCCUUUCACACGUAUAUCAUACACGCUCGCUCACACACAUUGGACGACCAUGCCUCGUCAUCCGUCUGUGCUCCCCUGGGUCGCGGGUGCCUCUUCUUAUCCAUGCACGCCUGCUCAUAUUAUCUGGCCUUUCUGUCGAAAUCGACUGUCACCACACACACGCAGGUUGAAGUGUUGAGUGCUUGUCGAGACGUGGCUACUGGACUGCGAGACGUACUCCUGGCUGCCAGCCAAACUCCAGGGCGAGAUGCUUCUGAUCCGGUCCAUGAGAAAGUUCGGAACAAUAUACAGUUCACUCUGUCCAAUAUCGGUGCUCUUCUUCAAAAAGUCAAGACCAUCGCCGAUGAUGAGAAUCGCGGCAUCCAGGCAUUGGUCGCGGCUGCAAAGUACUGUCGUGAUCAGGCUGCCCAACUCGCCCCACGUCCCGAACGGGAAUCGUUACUGACACCUGUCAGCUCGCGUAAAUCCGCUCCGAGUGUGGCCAACGUGUCUGCUGUGAGCGGAUCGUCCAGUCUGAUUGCUCGCUAUUUGGCCCCAGAUGACCUGGCUCGAGCUGCUUCGGGUCCCGUCCAGACAGCCGUAUCCAAAGCUAUCCUAGCCGGUAAUACCCAAACGCAACGAGACGUGCUCGGCACUGCGGCCACCACGAGAGAUGUGGUGACUGACCUGGUUUCUGCUGCUACGGCGCUCCUGCGUUGUCCGGAAGCUGUCACCGAGACUCGGACUGCAUGUGUCGCAACUACCAAAGGAUUGGCGGAAGAAUUUGCCGUUCUCCUGGACGCCCUGAAAGCCUCUCUGGCCCCAGACAGCAAGCCAGCGGAUCAUGAACGUAUAGGCAAUGCAGCACGACGUAUCGCCGAUUUGUCGCAUACCCUGCUCAGUCAGUUGGAUAGUCUACGAGAGAGUCCUCGCUUAGUGAUGUACUUCCGCGCAAGUAGUCCGGAAUGGCGGGAUGUUGCUGAGAAGUUCAUCGGACGGCACGUGGCCUAUCAUCACCACUAUUUACCCAGUUAUACCAUUGUUGGCCCUGGCUCUACAAACCGUGCUUUGUACGUCCGACCUAUCUGCUACCCGUUUCGACCACAGAAGGCGAUUCCGGAGCAGGACGAGGAUAAGAGCGGUGACGAGGCUGAAUUCCGUAUUGCCACGGCCAUCGACCAGUUAAAGUCCAUAUUGGAUUGUGAGCCACCCAGUGACCCAACCAUCCUUCAGUCUGCGCACUCAGUGGCUGUUGCAACCCAAAGUCUGAUUCACACGGCUAGGUCUAUUGGAUUGGCCCCACCGUCGGAUGCAGUGGACCGUGCUCGGCGUGCUGGCACUUCUUACCAUGGUGCCUCUCUAUGGCGGACCGAACUCACUGUGGCCUUGGCAACACAGGACAUGUGUCAACUAGCCCAACUGUGUUCGGCCGUUCUUCAGGAGGAGAAUGCACAUCCUGACUCGAAAGAUCUAUUUGGCACCUCCACACGUCUUGUUCCGUCCAAGGAGCGUCUUCUAGCCGCUGUACGUCGGGUUGCCGCUGCUUCUGCUCAGCUCCUGAUGUCCGCUAAAUCCAGAAAGUCCAAAUGUUCUUCCGCGGAUAUUCAAAAGUUUCAGGUCGCCGGGCAGUCGGUCAAGGAAGCUACGGACAAACUCUCUGGAGUGUUGCACCAAGCUAACUUUACGUGUGACUCCACUGGCCUGUAUGUGAUCACCCCCAUUUCGGCAACCUUACAGAAUGUGAUCGAAACUCACAGCAAAAUCCAUUCUCAUCAGUCUGAGUUAGAUGCCUUACAACAGCGUCUCGCUCAGCUUCAAGACAACCAGGUCCGAUCGCACCCAACCUUGUUCGAUCCACAAGCAGUCACCUCUGAUUGACUAAUCGCGUGCCAGGAACUGGAUAGGAUAUCUACUAUUUUUCUGCCUUUUCCCUUCGUUUUCUGUGUUUCUUUGUACAUAUUAACCAUGUCCAAUUGAGUGAGGAGGUGCCUAUCGGCAAGAGGCCAGUCUUUUUUCAACCAAGUAGCAGCAACAUUCGAUUUCACUGUUUCAGUUUCGUUUUCCCUCGAUCACCAGCAAUACUGUGCCUACUCAGCCCCGCACAAUUGGUCAGGGUUUUUCUCUCUCUCAUUUAGGCCACAUUCUCCGUUAGCCGUGUUUUACUAUCACUAGUGUGACCGCGAUCAUGAUGUUCAAUUUGUCUUCCUUGCCUUGGCCAACCACCUGAUUUCAUCACCUCUUAUUUUGCACAGCACGCGUGAAUAGUCACCCAACACAGCUACACCGUGCUCACAGAGCUUUCAACAACCCCAUGCACGAACAUUCACGUAACUCAUGCAUGCUUUAGUUUUUUUUUAAUUUCACACAACUCCCGACCAUUUAUAUCCAAACUAUUUUUCCUUUGGUUUCUGUGCUACGUGUGUUUUAUCGAAUCAGCUCGCUUUUUGUAUGCUUCUACCAGAUACUGUCAUCUCUGUUCAUCUGUCUACAACUCUGUCUCAUACGUAUAGCCCCUCGUGUUCGAUUUCACAGCGGGUAUCGUCUAACUACCAUUACCCAUA